CGCAGUAGUCGGGUGCGCGCACGUAUGUGACGUUGUUGCGCUGAGCGCGCCCCUGUUGCCAGAAGUCGCUUCCAGUAGUUGAGAAGGGUUGGAGGCAGAGCUGCUGUCCAGGACAGGUGGGAGGCGGUCGCUGGUCGGGUGCACGUGAUUCCCGGGAGCCUAUGGAAUGAGCGCGCAGGUGAGGGAGCCGCCUGGUCAGGGAGACGCUGGCCCGGUGGUGCUGAGGAAGGGGAGACCUGUUCCGCCUGAUGCUGCAGCAUAGCGCAUUCCCAGCGACGCCCUCCGCGAUCUACCACUGCUGCCUCCUGUUCAAUGGCACAAGAGAAUGAGACAUCUGUAGGAAGUUCUUCUGUUUCCUCUUCACUGGAAGUAGACUCUGCUUUCCAUGAGGCCUACGUCUGCACACUGAGCGCUGAGCUUGUCCUCAAGGCACGUGAAGAAUUGCAGGAGAAGCCAGAAUGGAGAUUACGUGAUGUCCAGGCACUACGAGACAUGAUAUGGAAGGAAUAUCCAAACUUAAAGACUCGAGUUGAUGAUUCCUUCCUGCUCCGUUUUUUGAGAGCUCGCAAGUUUGACUAUGAUCGGGCUCUGCAACUCUUGGUCAAUUAUUACAGUUGUCGGAAAGGCUGGCCAGAGGUGUUUACAGAUUUGAGACCUUCUGCAGUUAAGCCAGUGCUGGACUGUGGGUUCUUGACUGUCCUACCUCAUGCAGACUCAGAGGGAAGACGUAUUGUAUGCAUUCGCCCGGGUCUGUGGAAUCCCCGGAAUUAUCCAAUUACUGAUAAUGUGCGUGCCAUGUAUCUAUUGCUGGAAAAAAUGAUAGAAUCAGAAGAAACGCAAGUGAACGGUAUUGUGAUUCUUGCAGAUUACGAGGGGGUUGGUUUGUCACAGGCGUCUCAUUUUGGCCCAUUUAUGGCAAGAAAAACUAUUGGAAUUCUUCAGGAUGGUUUUCCAAUUAGGAUAAAGGCUGUUAAUGUUAUAAAUGAACCAAGGAUAUUUAAAGGUAUUUUCGCUAUACUAAGGCCAUUUUUGAAAGAAAAAAUAGUUAAGCGGUUUUUCCUGCAUGGGUCAGACUUAAACUCUCUUCAUCACAAUGUACCCAAAGCCAUCUUGCCAGAGGAAUAUGGAGGCACUGCAGGGAAACUGGAUACAUCAGCAUGGAACCAAAUCCUUUUGGCAUCUGAAAAUGACUUUGCGCAAAACUUUGACCAGGCUGUCCUCACACGAGAUGGCUCACUGCAGGGGUUUGUAAUUAACGAUGCUGAAUCGGACUACUUGCAAUGUGAGGAGUCUGCGCGUGGGGUUAAAUCCCAGCUUUAUUGUUACUAAUACCCCUUUCACACAGAAAAUCACAUUACCGGGUGAAGCAGUUCUACCCGGUAAUUUGCAGAUAAACACGGGUCUUUUUUCUGUGUAAAAGGGUCAACCUGGGUUGAGAUUAGCGGGACUUCGACCCAGGAAUUUACCAGGGUCAGAAACCAAGGAAUUUCUGCCUUGGUUGACCCUUUCACACAGACAAAAUAUCCAUGUUGAUCCGCAAAUUACCGGAUAGAAAUUCUUGACUCUGUAAUUUCCUUCUCUGUGUGAAAGAGAGGGGGGGUGGGGGGACGGGGGUCAAGGCAGAGACUGGCAAAACGACUCGGCACUGAAAUGCCGGUAUAUUGCCGGGAUUUCUGUCUGAAAAGGUUAAUAGUAUUUUUGUGUUGGAACAGACUUGUAGGAAAGUCUCCAAUUAAAUGUACGCCUUGUUUCCUU